CAGAAAAUUUCUUGGUUUAUUGAUUUUCUCCUCUCCUUUUUUUUUGUUUUUGUUGAGAUCAAACGCCGGUAAUUACUUAAAAAAAUGAGCUGCAAUGGUUGCCGCGUGCUCCGAAAGGGGUGCAGCGAGACAUGCGUGUUGCGGUCGAGCUUACGCUGGAUCGAAUCGUCCGAAGCCCAAGGCAACGCCACCUUGUUUCUCGCCAAGUUUUUUGGCCGUAGUGACCUUCUUUCUCUUAUCUCCUCCGUCCCUGAGUCCCAACGCCCUGCUUUGUUUCAAUCUUUAUUGUUUGAGGCAUGUGGACGUACCGUGAAUCCGGUGAACGGAGCGGUGGGUCUGUUAUCGGGUGGGAACUGGCACGUCUGUCAAGCGGCGGUGGAAACAGUUCUUCAGGGAGGAACUUUACGUCCGGUUUCGGGGUCUUCUUGGACGCCAAGUUGCAACGAGUCAUGGGAUCGUCUCUGUGUUAACUCGUGCAACUAUGAGUCGAAGCCGUUGAUGAUGAUGAUGAUAGGGAAUCAAUCGGGUUCGACGGCGUCGGAUCUUGGCUUGUCUUUGACGGCUAAGAUGAGCGGAGAAAGGCGGCGAGAAGAGGAAAAUAAGAGAGAGAAAACGGCGACGUUUUAUUCGGAGGAAACGGAGAUAACCACUUUCGAAAGCAAUGACAACGAAGAAACCCAAGACAGAAAGAUUUUGAAUCUCUUUGUAUGAGAAAAAAUGUUUUUUUUUCAUAAACCGCAUGUAGCCAAUACUGAUCUAGAAAAUAGUAAUUAAU